AAAAAAAAAAAGGGCUGUGACUCUUCCAAAACUGUACACACACACACACACACACAUACGCUUUUGUAAUAGUACCUUGUCCUCCCUCUCCCGCUCGCUUGCUCUUCACACUUUUUAACUCCAUUUCUAAAAAAAAAAAACCCAAAUGCCCCGAGGUCGAGAUCAUCUUGCAGUAGACGAUGAUGAUGCCAAAAAGGGCUUACUUGACCCUUCGGCAGACUCGGACUAUUCGGAAACCGAUGAGGCAAUCCAUCAAUACCAUGACGACGACGACGACGACGACGGUCACCGCCGUAAUAAUAAAAAUGACAAUACCAACAGUAGUAGCGUAGCAACAACAACAACAACAGCAGCCAUUGUGAGUAAACUUCAAGUGGCCGACAAUGACAAUAACCCGUCGACGUCGUCAGCAACAGCAACCACAGAAUAUUAUGCGGCAUUAGAAGUUGACGACAGUGAAUUGACGCUGUUACCAAGGCACAGUAUGGAUCGUCGACGUUUGUUACAAGACAGUGACGACGAAGACGACGACCUGGAACGACCUGACACGUCGUAUCGGUUGCCUUCAGAAGGUGGCUCUGUAUUUGCUGGUUUUUUGAAUAUGUCCAACAGUAUCAUCGGUGCAGGCAUCAUUGGUCUCCCAUUCUCCUUUAAAGAGGCGGGUUUUGGAAUGGGCUUAAUAUCACUUAUCAUUGUCACCAUCCUUGUUGAUUGGACAGUGCGUCUGCUCAUAUACAAUGGAAAAUUGUCGGGACGAUCUAAUUAUCAAGACCUCAUGGAACACGCGUUUGGCCGACCAGGCUUAUUAGCUAUUUCAAUAGCGCAAUUUGCAUUUGCUUUUGGAGGCAUGUGCGCAUACUGUGUUAUCAUCGGUGAUACCAUUCCUCACGUGUUUCGUUCACUCAUACCAAACAUCGAUGACAUUCCAUUCGUAUGGCUCUUUGGCAACCGAAGAUUAUGUAUAACCUUUUUCACCGUUUUGAUUGCCUAUCCAUUAUCGCUGUAUCGCGACAUGUCCAAACUCGCCAAGACGAGCGGACUAGCACUAAUCACGAUUAUUGUGAUCUGUAUCAGUGUGGCUAUUGAGGGUCCAAAAAUGCCACUCGAAAUUCGAGGCAAUCCGGAUUUCCGGUUCAGUUUUGCCAACAAUGAACUGAUCCAGGCCAUUGCUGUUAUUAGUUUUGCAUUUGUGUGUCAUCACAACAGUUUCAUGAUUUUUGGAUCAUUGAGACAGCCUUCCAUGAAUCGAUUUGCCAGAGUGACUCAUUACAGCAUGGCACUGUCUUUUGUCACUUGUACUGUGCUUGCAGUUUCUGGCUAUCUGGUCUUCACUGAUAAGACUGCAGGAAACAUUUUGAACAAUUUCCCACCGGAUAACGUAUUGAUCAACGUGGCACGAUUGGCCUUUGGUAUCAACAUGUUUACAACGUUACCGUUAGAGGCUUUUGUUUGUCGUGAGGUCCUUGAAACCGCAUUUUGGCCCACAGCACCCUACAGUACUUUACGACACGCCACCAUGACCACGAUUCUCGUGCUGGUUCCAUUGAUCGUAUCUUUAUUGACAUGCAAUUUAGGCAUUGUUUUGGAACUGACAGGCGGGUUCUCAGCAACCAUGUUGGCGUAUAUCUUACCGCCACUCUCUUAUCUCAAGCUGCAGUCCAAGGAUGGUCUUUUCAAAGUCAACAAGAUUCGUUACUGGGCGCUUUUGAUAUUUGGACUGGUUAUCAUGAUCUUUAGUACUUUCUUUAGUAUCCAGAAAGUUGUAUUGGGUAGUUCAGGCGAGGGUGGUUCUUCUGCCGCUACGUGUGAUACAUAGAUCCGCUUCACUUGGAAUACAGUGGUGCUUCUUUUUUUCCCUCAAGAAGCUCGCGCACCAGGUAACGCAUUGAGAAGCAAUGUAUCCAAGUUGGCAAACGAGAGAGAGAGAGACAGAGAGAGACAGAGUGUGUGUUUGCUGGUUUACCUAACUGUUCAGAUUGAAGGCUUG